AUGGAUAGAUAUAUUAUACGAGAACCAAGAGCUGGAGUAGAUUAUCCCGAAGGAAAUCAAAUGAUAUCGUUUCCAACAACUAAUACCGAAAGUACUUUUGGAACUCCACAGAGCGUGUAUCACUCGUACGGACCGGAGAGUCAAGGAUACAUGACUCAUAUAACACACGGAGCGGUCGUUACUCCCGCACAGACAUUUGGAUCCAACAACCAAGGUCACAUAGUAUCCGGCAUCGACCCUCGCUACUUGGCCGCGUAUUCAGAUACUAACGGCUCGUACAUAGCCACAGGACAGCGGGAGUGUCCGUCGACUAGUUUUGAUUUGUUCGGAAGUUAUCAGAAUCGUGACUUCAUCGGCCCGGAGAGAAGCGACUAUAAACAUUACCCGCAGAGAACACACUUAUAUUUCACAGCUACAUUACCUGAGACUAACGCUCGUCCGUACAAUAUUGACCAACAUAGAACAUUCCAGCAACAUACUACUAGAGUUGAGUCAAAACCUACCGAAGUUGAUUUAGUAAAGAAAGAAGAACAAGUGCAGGUCAAAACUCGAGUUGAGAAGAUACAGGAGAUACGUAAAGUAGGUACGAGAGUUCUCUGCGGAACCGUUGAGAAGAUUUUGAAAUGGAACAGAUCUCUACAAGACAUCGGAGUUAUGGUGUUAUAUGAACUAGUUGGUAAAUGCGUCAGUGUUAGUCCAGGGGAUCGAAGUGCCCAGAACUUGGUGGUGAGAGAUGAGAACGGUCCCGCGAUGCAGGUGGUGUAUUACGAGAUCGACUUGUUACUGCCCGAGUUGUCGCUGCCUUGUACUGUUAGGGUUGUCGGCCGCAUGUUAUCUGGCUCCAACAGGAUGCAGGGCUUCAGUGUUCGUGUCGCCAGGGCUGAUGACGUCACAGCUCUCACACGUCGCACCGCCGUCGCCAUGAACCAGGUGGAACAGUUGAUCCAGAAGUUACAUGUGAUAUUAAGUCUUGCUGCAGUGGCUGGCUCGGCUCCACACUCGCCUUCAGCAUCACGACUUGGCAGGCGCAAGUCAUCAUUGACAUCCAUAUCGCCUCUUAGCAGCCAUUGUUCCGAUCAGCAUGGUGAGUAUUACACGCACACACACCACACAGCACACACAGCACACACAGCACACACAGCACACACAGCACACACAGAACGCACCACACACACAGAACGCACGCGGCAAAAUCGCGGAUGA